GUUUGUUGUCGGAGUUGUUGUGUGCAUUGUUGCUGUUAUCAUCAUCAUCACUGCUUUUGGUUGUUCAACAUGGAGCCAAACAGGAAGAGAAGCCGUUCUCAAAUGUGGGAACACUUUGAGCUGAUCAGUCCUAAUAAGGUCCAGUGCUUGCAUUGUUCCAUGCAAUUGGUGUAUAAUAACAAUACAUCCUCGAUGCUUAGGCACUACAGUGCUAAGCAUGAAAACAAGCAGGAGAACACUGUUCAUGUGGACCGAAAGCAGGACCUGGAUGAUCCAGGCUUCAAAGAGUUUGUGGGAAAGCUUGACCCCACAUACACUCUGCCUUCCAGACAGGCUCUGAAGAAGAUGGUGGGGGAGAAAUAUGAGGAGGAGAAGGCCAAAGCCAAGGCUCAACUGCAGAGCGUGGAGGCAGUGAGUCUGACCUCUGACAUGUGGACCUCCACGAAUAUGGAUGCAUAUCUGGCAGUAACUUGUCAUUGUGUGCUGACAUUCUAACUUAAUAAAG